CCCUCCCGCUGCAGGGCGGAGUGUGAGGGUGCCUUUAAAUUGAGUGCGAGGGAGCUGCUGCCUGCUCAGUCUCAUCUGUGAUGUAAGGAGAGAUUUUAGGUGUCUAAACCGAUCGCCUGACUUCGCCUGUCAUUUUCUGCCGGGCACCCUUUCUCUCUGCCACUCCGCCGCUGGGUAGAUGUGCCCUUAAACCACUUCCGCCGCCGAGCAGCAGUUGGCCCGGACCUCGUCUCUGUCCCUCUGCCCAGCUUGACCUGCUGGUGCGCGCUCCGCUCCUUGCUCUCCCGGGUACGCAGGCAUGGAAGAGGAGGAGGAGUGCAGGGUGCUCUCCAUCCAGAGCCAUGUCGUCCGGGGCUACGUGGGCAACAAGGCGGCGACUUUCCCCCUACAGGUGUUGGGCUUUGAAAUAGAUACUGUGAACUCUGUCCAGUUUUCAAAUCAUACAGGUUAUAAUCAUUGGAAGGGACAUGUAUUAAAUUCAAAUGAACUUCAUGAACUGUAUGAAGGACUGAAACUGAACAAUGUGAAUCAUUACGACUAUGUACUUACUGGCUAUACCCGGGAUAAAUCAUUCCUUGCAAUGGUGGUUGAUAUUGUUCAAGAGCUGAAGCAACAGAACUCCAAUCUGGUAUAUGUGUGUGAUCCUGUGAUGGGUGACAAAUGGAGCGGGGAAGGCUGUAUGUAUGUUCCAAAGGACCUCUUUCCAGUGUAUAAGGAUAAUGUGGUACCUGUAGCAGAUAUAAUAACACCAAAUCAGUUUGAAGCUGAGUUACUUACUGGCAGGAAGAUACAUACUGAAAAAGAAGCAAUAGAGGUAAUGGAUAUGCUCCACAAUAUGGGACCAGAAACGGUUGUAAUCACCAGCUCAGACCUUCAGGCACCCUCAGGAAACGAUUAUCUGAUUGCAUUAGGAAGCCAAAGGAGAACUACAGCAGAUGGCACCAUAGUGACACAAAGGAUCCGAAUAGAAUCUCCCAAAGUAGAUGCUGUCUUUGUUGGAACAGGAGACCUAUUUGCUGCUAUGCUCUUGGCUUGGACUCACAAACACCCAGACAAUUUUAAGAUGGCCUGUGAAAAGACAGUUUCAGCAAUGCAACAUGUUUUGCAAAGGACCAUCAAGAGUGCAAAGGCCGAAGCUGGAGAAGGAAACAAACCUAAUUCAGCCCAGCUGGAACUGAGGAUGGUCCAAAGCAAAAAGGAUAUAGAAAAUCCAGAGAUAAUAAUAACUGCUACUGUGUUAUAAAGGUUGUGUAUCUCCUAACAACGCACAAUGUAUUGAUGUCCUCAUUUUCUUUCCUGUAAAUUGUGAUGUUUGCCUUAGAUCUGUGACAGAAACCUGACUUCCAUGAAAUAGUGCCCAGCAUAGAUGAGAUCCACUACCAAGCACAUGUGCUGGACUUGCUUGAAUUAAGAAGAGAAAAAAAGUUAGGUGUGUAUUACAGCUCCCUCCCAGAAUAAUCACCAAGUCAGUACAACUGUAACCUUAGCCAGGCAUCCAGCUAGUCUGGAGAACAGCAAAGUAUUCCUUUUGGAGGAAAGAAAAGAUCCCUUCAAAAUCAACCUUCAUCUUCACUUUAUAAUAAAUUUUAAAUAUUACUUUAAACUGAUGUAUUUUAAUACUAAAUAUUAUUUAUCUGUGUUUUUAAAUCUGUGCUGGCUAAUUUUAAUCAUUCCCCUAAUUCUGAGGAAAAUUGAGCAAACACUGUUGCUCCUGCUACAGACAUUGAUUCUUAUGUUUGAGACUCAACAGGAAGUCACUAAAGAAAAGGAGAUAUAAAAGUUCAGUAUGUUAUCACAGAUCAUUGGUAGUUGCUGAGAUUUUUAAUUGCUUUACAUUAUCUGAUUAGAUAUAUACAGUAAAACUACAUAUUGCAUAGAACAGUGAUUGAGUUUCCCUAUGACUGUUUUUUCUUUUAGCAACCAGUUCCCAAUACUUUUGGAAUCAGAAGUACACAAAGCUACUAACAAAUACUUCAUAUAUCGGCAUAAUCUUUUAAAGGAAAGAACAUUUCAUAGAGUUGUUGUCCUGCUUACAGGCCCAUCCAUGUCAUUUUUAUCCUCAACUGAGUUUCAAUAUAUACAUUAUAGAUGACUUCCCCAAGUAUACACGUCAGGAACUAACACUAUCCUCACACAUCUGCUUUUAUCUGGAAUAAGGAAAGAAGAUGCUGGCAGUAUCCAAUCAUCUCUCUCUGUCCAUUUUUUCUCCAAAAAGCAGUGAAAUAGAUCAGAAGAGAGGCAAGGAUUUGCUAUAACCAUAGGUGGGUUUGGGUAACACAUAGGCAUCAAAAUUUCUAAAUAAAUCCUGUAAAAUGCUGUUUUUUU